GCAGCAUUUCUUGUCGACGUGGGAAGGGAGAGAUUCGGUCAACAAACAAACGUCCACGGGUUUGAUGUUGGGCUACGUUACAGAUAACUGUGACAUGUCAGGUGCAUUUGAUAAGGUAACUCCAUGACAGCUGAAACAUGUGGCUCAAACCCGACGAGAUGCUGCUGAAAAACGCGUUCAAACUGUGGGUGACGGAAGAGGAUAACGAGUACUUCGUACUGCAAAGGAGACGAGGUUACGGAGAAGGUGGAGGCGGUUUGACAGGCCUCCUUGUGGGAACUCUGGAUACUGUGUUGGACUCCACGUCCAAAGUUGCUCCCUUCCGCAUUCUGCACCACACGCCAGACUCACAAGUGUACUGGUCCAUAGCAUGUGGUGUCACCAAAGAGGAAAUCUUACAGCACUGGGAUUGGCUGCAGCAGAACAUCAUGAGGACACUCUCUGUGUUUGACUCCAGCGAAGACAUCACCAGCUUUGUACAGGGCAAGAUUAGAGGUCUUAUUGCUGAGGAAGGGAAGACGUCCCUGGUGCUGGAGGACGAUCCAGAGAAGUUCCGGGAAGCGCUUUUGAGGUUUGAAAAGUGGUUCGAGCUGCCACCGAAGGAGAAGCUGGUCACGUAUUACUCCUGCAGCUAUUGGAGAGGCAAAGUGCCCUGCCAGGGCUGGCUCUACCUCAGCACUAACUUCAUGUGCUUCUACUCAUACCUGCUGGGAGCUGAGGUGAAACUGAUCAUCUCCUGGGAUGAGAUCUGGAGGCUGGAGAAAACCUCUAACGUUAUCCUGACUGAGAGCAUUCGCGUCUCGGUCCAUGGGGAGGAUCACUACUUCUCCAUGCUGCUGCACCUCAGUGAAACAUUUGUUAUCAUGGAGCAGCUGGCUGACUACUCCAUCAAGCGCCUUUUUGAUAAAGAGGCCUUCCAGAGAGAGCCGGCGCUCUCCGACCCCCUGCAAAUUACCAAGAGAGGCCUAGAAGCUCAUGCAAAGAGCGAGCAGUUCCGGACAUUUUUCCGGCUUCCCAAAGAGGAAAACCUGUUGGAGGUGCAUGAGAGCUUUCUGUGGGUGCCCUUCAGCCAUUAUAACACACUUGGCAAGAUCUGUCUGUCUGAGAACUACCUGUGUUUCGCCAGCCAAGAUGGAAGCCAAUGUCACGUCAUCAUUCCGAUGCGAGAGGUUAUUAAUGUAGAGAAGCCAGACUCCGGCAGCAGGGCUCUAACGGUGUGCGUGCGUGGAAAGAGGGCGCUGCGUUUCUCCGAGGUGCGAGGCUACCAGCGGCUCGCCAACUCCAUCCGUAGCAGGUGUGGGAUUAGUCCCAGCCCCCAGCACUCUGCGUCAUCGGAGGCCAUACGAGGCGAGUGCCAGUCGCUCAUCAACCACUUUGACGACAACCCAGAGGACGUAACGCUGAUGGUGGGACAGAAAGACAGCAGCAAGGCUGUAAGCACCGAGGCCCUCAUGACUGUUUUCCACCCCCAGGAUGUCGAGAACCUUGACCCCAAAAUGCUUAAAGAAAAGAUGAAGGAGCAGUCGUGGAACAUCCAUUUCUCUGAAUAUGGACGCGGCACGAGUAUGUUCUUCACCAGGAAGACGCGAGACUUGAUUGUUCGUGGUGUUCCCGAGGCCUUGAGAGGAGAGCUGUGGAUGCUUUUUUCAGGGGCUGUUAACGACAUGGCCACCCAUCCCGGCUAUUACACUGAUCUGGUUGAGCAGUCUCUGGGAACAAGCACUUUGGCUACAGAUGAGAUCGAGAGAGACUUGCACCGCUCUCUGCCAGAGCACCCGGCCUUUCAGAGCGACACCGGAAUCUCAGCUCUACGCAGAGUCCUCACGGCCUAUGCAUACAGGAACCCUAAAAUUGGCUACUGCCAGGCCAUGAACAUCCUCACCUCCGUCCUUCUGCUCUACGCCAAAGAAGAGGAGGCUUUCUGGCUCUUAGUGGCCGUCUGUGAGAGGAUGUUGCCGGAUUACUUCAACCGCCGAAUUAUCGGUGCUUUGGUGGACCAGGCGGUGUUUGAGGAUCUGAUUAGAGACCAUCUCCCCCAGCUGGUGGAUCACAUGACAGACCUGAGCUUCUUCUCGUCCGUGUCCUUGUCCUGGUUCCUCACUCUUUUCAUCAGCGUCCUCCCCAUAGAGAGUGCUGUGAACGUGGUCGACUGUUUUUUCUACGACGGCAUAAAAGCCAUCUUGCAGCUCGGCCUGGCGGUGCUGGACAACAACAUGGGGGCUCUGAUCAGCUGCCAGGACGACGCAGAGGCCGUCACCAUCCUCAACAAAUUCUUUGACAGUGUGACAAACAAAGACAGCCCCCUGCCUUCCACCGUGAAGCAAGCUUCAGUGGGCAAUAACGACAAAGCCUCACACUUCAACGUGGAUAUCAGCGAACUGAUCCGAGAGGCCUACGAGAAAUAUGGAAAUAUCCGUUCAGAGGAAGUCGAGAGUUCACGGAAAAGAAACAAACUGCACGUGAUCCAGACACUGGAGGAUACAACCAAACAGAAUGUGAUUCGGGUGGUGACCCAAGAAGUCAGAUUCAGUGCGUCACACCUUGACGGCCUUUAUAACUUGUUCAAAAGGCAGCAUUUCCUGAGCUGCUACUGGACAAUGAAGAGUCCCGCUCUGCUCCAUCAUGACCCCAGCCUGGCCUAUUUGGAGCAGUAUCAGUUGGGUUUCCAACAGUUCAGCGUGCUCUUCUCUCUGCUGGCGCCCUGGGCUUUCUGCAACGCCAAGAGCACCCUCUCCCUCUGGGUCUUCCGCCUGAUAGACGAGAACCAGGACGGCCUCGUCAACUUUAAAGAGUUCUGCUUUGCCCUCGAUACUUUGUACAGUGGAUCGUUCACAAAUAAGCUGAAAUUCCUCUUCAAGCUGCACCUGCCACCAGCUUUUACAGGUAGUCCUUUGCACUUAAAGGAAGAAAGAAUCCAGCACUUUAUUCCAGUGACUGAAGACUCUUCUCACUUGAGUAGACUCACUGCAUUUGAUCUACCAGAGGACGGCGUGAUAAAGAAAAGCCCUGAAAGAGGGAGAGGAAAAGUGGACCUACAGGCCUACCUGAAACAAUGGCAAAAUGAAAUACUUAAGAAAGAGGAAACCAUUAAAGACCUACCCCGAAUUAAUCAGACUCAGUUCAUCCAGUUCUCCAAGACACUGUACAACAUCUUUCACGGCGAUCCAGAGGAGGAGUCUCUGUACCGAGCCGUGGCUCACGUGACCAGUCUUCUCCUGAGGAUGGAGGAGGUCGGGCGGAGGCUGCAGGAGCCGAGCAGCCCGUCCGAGUCCGCAAAUCCUGCCAACGCCACCGCCGCCGCUGAGGAAGAGGAGGAGCCUACGACGGAAGAAGCUUCGACCACCCCGGAGAGCUCCGACACCUCCAGCUCCCGCUACAGUCGGGAUGCGGGGACCGACCUCACGGAGAUGGAGUGGUCCUUUUCGUUCGAGCAGGUCCUCGCUUCUCUGCUCAACGAGCCGACCAUCGUGAGCUUCUUCGAAAGGCCUGUCGAUGUUCAGACUAAGCUGGGACAAGCUAGGGUUGCCCAGCUGAAGCUAAAUGCGAAUAAGUGAAAGGAUACACAAGUGAAUUGAUACUUAGCUUCUGAUUCAAACCCUAAAGUCACCAUGAAUUUCCGUUCUCCGCUUGGAAAGGACAGCAGGGGUUUUUUGGCGGGGCAGACGGUGGUAUCAUUAAUGAAGAGGAGACAUCAGAUUUCAAUAAUCUGGGCUCUGUGUGUGUGUUGGCUUCAUGCAAUGAUAGCUUAUGAAACAACUAAGGCACACAAUCUGAAAGCCACUGUAAACACUGUUGUUGCAGUCCACUGACCGACACCGUCGCUGCAUUUUCAUGUUAGGCCUCAUUGCAGACUGUCGUUCCUUAAAUCUGAUUAUGCAUUUUCAAGCUCUGUGAUGAAAUUCAUCCUCUCAUGUAGCCUCAGAAUAUAUGUUUCCCCUAUGCGCCAUGGAGCAUCUACAGUAUAGCUUUGCAUUUUGUAAGGGACAUUCAGUACUGUUCCCUGUAUUUAGAAACGUGACAGCAGAUUCAGUCCCGCCCUCUCUCUGAUGUCAUGAUGCUGAAGUUCAAACGAUUCUCCCUCUGGAUAUCGUGAUGUGUUUUCUGCUGAAGAUAACUAGUCGCUGCUGUCGUAAAACAAACUAGUGUGUCCUGUGACUUAACGUGUCUCCUGUUCUUAGGCAGCAUUAAUGUUGUUCUGUAAAUGUCAACUUAUUGUGAGAAACAACAGCUUUCCAGUUGAAGAGGCACAGAAUAAACAGUAGUACCGUGAGCAAGGAAAGCCAUACGGAUUAUCUCAAUGUCAGAUGCAUUUUAUUCACUGCAUAAAAGAUUCAAUCAUGGUAUUAUACAUUUGCAAUAAUACACAAGAGAGGAUGCUGUACUGCCACACUCGACUGUCUCGUUCCUCUAACGGCAGCAACGACAUCAUAGCAUGACUUUAAGCACGUCAUACUGCAAACAAUGGUCAGUAAAGGUAAAAUACUCUGAGUGCUGCUGCUGCAGGGAAACCUCCUGCAUCGGCCUCUGAAAAUGUGCCGUGUGUUGGCUUCAGAGUGCUAUUGGUUGAUGUACUUGUGUGUGCUUAUGUGCCUCUUAACGUAUAUGUAGAAUGUUAUGCUCUAGUAUAAGUGCAGCAUUUUGUACAUAGAGAUCACUUCAAUAGUAUUUAUGAGGCGUGUAAGAUAUGAGCUCGUAGACUGUUGUGGACACAACUUAAACCUUUUUGAAGGACAUUUUAUUUUAUCAAAUCUCAGGGUGCAAUUUGUGUUAAAUAAAAGGGAGAAAAGGGAUAUUUUUUGGAUCUGGGAUAUAUAAAGUAUAUAACGGAGUUGGCUUACAAAUAUCUAACGUUAAAAUAUAUAGAGCAUGAGUAGCAUAGUUACAUUGCUCGCCACAUUAUGCUAACUUAACAUUAUGCUAACUUUCAAUGAACAGCAACUAUAACUGCUCGCUGCAGAAAGCCAGAUGUGAUUUACAGUAUUUGAGUUUUUUUCCUUUUUCGUCUGUGCAUUUUCUGCUUCUCUGUUUUUUUUUUUUGGCUUCUGUCUCAGUGAAUCAUCCGCACAAUUGUUUGAGAUUCACACGUUCUAGAUAAGCCUGUAUCUCGGCCAGAUCUUCUAGGCGUCUGAUUCCAAAAAGCUUGUGACAGCUUCGGCUGCAGCUUCUCUCGGGGCCAAACUCUGAGCUUUAUCUCUGCUUGUUUUUAGAAGCUCUUUAAGUGCAAGUGCAAUUCUCUGUCCUUUUAGUUUUUUAUUAUUUUGCCAUUUGCCAGUAACGUUUUUUUUGUUUUUUUUUCCAAUUAAGAUAUAAGGACCAAUCUGAAAUGUACUUCAUUGUGUAAUUAUUGGGUUAAUUGAUUGUUAACGUGAGUUGUACAUACUUUUUGAAAACUCAGUGGAACUGAAAAGACACAUCUGUUGGUGUUUACAUGACUAAUGUAAAAAAUGAAUAUCAAAAAUACGCCCUAUCAUCUUUGAUGUCAUGUCACUGCUCUACUCCAAAGCUCAGUCAGUGACAUCCGUCCAGUGCAUUAAGCCAUAAUGAAACCGCAGAGUUUCAAAGCAGCAUGGCUAUCUAUUUAAACAAUGUUCUCCGACCAUGGUCUGGCUAUUUCAGUACGACUUUUCUCCGAACUUCAAGAAAUGAUUAUAAAAUGCAGAUUAAAACAUCUAAGCAAAGACUGCGUUUUUAGUCUUUCUGCGAUAGUUCUGAGCUUUUCAUUUCAGUUAAUUGCUCAGUUUAUGAUUAUGUGAUAUCUUAAAGAUUAAAAAUUAAACAAAAGUUUAAUUUCAUUUGUUGGUCUUUAUGGAAGAAAUGUUGUACAGUGGUUAAGACAUAACACAUCUUAAGAUGCUCAGUCAUUUCUUAAUUGUGGUUCUUUAGGCAAAACUUUUGGAAAAUGUAACUUUUUUUUGCCCAAAAUAGAUUGUGCUUUUCACUUGCUGAGGAAAUAAAUGACAUUUUAGGAACAGAGGAAGGAAAAUGUUACGGUUGGAAAUCUUUAUCCCCGGCAUGCUACCAGAUCUGCCAUUAAGCAUCAUUUAUACAGCAGGCAUGGACAAUGCUCCAGCUCCUGCAUUCGUCUACGAUUAUUAAUCAAGUCCGUAUAUUUCCAAGUGUAGUCGACUGCUUCUAUAGUGUGUAGCUUUUGAUUGAGAGCUCGCUUAGCAAAAUGUGUGAAGCACAGAUAUUUUGGUUUAUCUUCUUGAUUAUGCUUUUGAUUUUCUCCAUUCAAAGGUAUCGGAAUAAAGAGUGAUGAUUCUAUGAAUAAUAAGGUUAUUUUGUUAUCAUGUUUUGGUCCUUCUGAGUGUUACCUGGAGCACCUUGGAUGUACACACACCAACAGUGAUUUGAAAUUGAACUCAUGACAUGUUAAUUGGUACUUGUUUAUUUGUGUUUUAAGGGUAAUAAAAUUCUCUCUCUAUAUAUAUAUAUAUAUAAAUAUGUAUCUAGAAUAUAUAUCAAUAAGUCAUGUAUGUUUAUAUUUGUCAAUCUGCAUAUAAUAUAGGGAAAGUUAUGUAGGAUUUUAUUGUAUAAUAAAUAUAGUCAUGGAUGAAUAA